AUGCAAGUUGAAGUGGGUUGUAUUCAUUGUCUUAUAUUAUCUAAUCCUUAUAUUGAAUUCGUGAUUAUAAUUCAAGGUGUUCAUAAUUGGUUGACGAAGCUGAAUCGUAUAAUUGAACAGUUAAUCGAGCAUUCUAUCAAUGUACAACAAUCUAAUGUAUCAUGGGAAUUGAAAUAUGAAAUGGAUAAUGAUCCGUUGUUAAUUCACUCUCCAGGCUUUCUUAAGUUUCAUGUGUCUGUUAUAAACGGGUAAUUUUGCUUCUUCCUUGUUUUGCGUUAUGCUGAAUUUAUCUGUUGUUU